AUGGCGAGCAGAAAUCAACUGUCUACGAUAGAAAAAAAUAGAAACAGUGAUUCAUCGAUUGAUAUUAAUGUUUUAUUAAUGGGCCAAACAGGUGUUGGAAAAUCAACAUUUAUUAAUGCUUUCGCUCAUUAUUUGUGUAAUGAUACAUUAGAAGAAGCCAUUAAUGAUAAAAUGCAAGUUCUUAUUCCAUCAGCAUUUUCUUUUACUCAUGAAGAGACAUUUGAAGAAAAACGAAUACAAAUUGGAGAAGAAAAUGAAUAUGAAAAGUUAAAUGAGGAUGGACAAACAUGUACACAACAAUGUCGAAGUUUUGUUUUUCCUGUUGGUAAAAAGAAUUUACGAAUAAUCGAUACACCUGGAAUCGGAGAUACUCGAGGUCUUGAACAAGAUACUAAAAAUUUUCAUGAAAUUUUAACUUUUAUUUCACAAUAUGAACAUUUAAAUGGAAUCUGUAUUUUACUUAGACCAAAUGAAGAACGUUUAACAAUACUUUUUAGAUUUUGUGUUAAUGAACUUCUUCGACAUUUACAUGAAAGUAUAAGAGAAAAUAUUAUUUUUGUUUUUACAAAUGCUCGUUCUACGUUUUUUGCACCUGGUUCAACAUCAAAAAUUCUUCGAGGACUUUUAAAUGAACUUAAAUCAAGACAAAAUGUAGAAGUACCCUUUACAAGAGAAAAUAGUUUUUUAUUAGAUAAUGAACCAUUUCGAUAUUUAGCCUUACGUAGAAACGGAAUUGAAUUAAGUAGUGAACAAAAACCAAGUUAUGAAAAGAGUUGGUACCAUUCUAUUAAAGAAUAUUCGAAUCUUAUGGGCUAUAUUACUACACGUCCACUUCAUGUUGUUAGUGGCACUCUUUCACUCAAUGAAGCUGAACAAUUGAUUCGAAAACUUACACGUCCAAUAGCUGAAGCAGUUAGACUUAUCCAACAAAAUGUUCAAUUUGCUAAAACCCAUCAAGAAACUGUUCUUAAAAAUCCUGACAUAGCAUCUCAAGGCUUACCACAAAAUGAUGUUCGAAUUAAGCAAUUGAAACAUCCACGAAUAAUUUGUGUUAGUGAAAAGUGUUGUAAACCUGUUACGCUUAAUAAUGAAGUAAAAAUUGAAUAUACAUCUAAAUGUCAUGAAACAUGUUAUUGUAAAGGUAUUCUACAAGAUACCAUUAGUGAUCCAAGUAUGAAAGAAUGUGAGACUAUGGAUCAUGAAACAGGGAAAUGUACUAAAUGUGGUUGUUCAUGGAAAGAGCAUCAACAUAUAACUUAUAAAUAUGAAACUAAUAUUUGUUAUCUCAAUAAAGUAUGUUCAUCAAGUGAUAUUGAUAAACAAAUUAGUGAUUUAAAAGAAGAACAAGCCAAAAUUGAAGAUAUUUAUAAAAAACUUUCAAAAUUUCUUUAUGCAAAUGCAGUAAUUUUAAUAAAUGAUGAUAUUUUAAAAUAUUAUACAGUUUUUAUAAAAGAAGAACAAUUGAAAAACAAAUCUGGUUGUCAAAGUAAUGAUGUUAUUCAAGGUCUUGAACAAACAAUGAAAGAUUAUGCAACAGUAAUGAAUUUAUUUAAAGACACAGUGAGAAAUGAAAAAGAUCCAUCAAAUAGCAAAGAUAUACUUACAGCAGCUGAUAUAUUUCCUUUAGUUGAAGCUCUUUAUCGAUUACCAAUUAAUGGACAAAAAAUUCGUGAACAAGUCAAUAGUUUAAAAAUAAGUCAAGAGAAUCUUUCAUCAAAACGAGAAGUUUAUGUUGAAUUAUCGGUUAAAGCUGAAUCAUCAACAAUGAUGGACAAACUCAAAAAUAUUAUUUCCAACAAAUAA